UGUAAAUAAAUUAUAUUGAACAUAAAAUAUAAUUUUAUUUAAAAACGUUGUGCUUUAUUACGACAACCAAAAAUACACUUUUUGUUUACAUCAAAGGAAGUCUUCGUGGCGAUGAACCAUUCGUUUCACUAUACUAGUUAAAUCAUAAAUACACAAAAAUUAAGAAUGUUUUACCCCAAACAAAUUCUUGUUUCGAUCUAAGCACUCCAUCAAGGUUUGUCUAGCAUAAAUUAAUCGUGUAAUAUCAUUAACGAAGUGACUUUCAAUCACUAUCUUAUCUACUUUCACUAAAUGAACUACUUUAGUCUUUCUUUGCUACUUUUGACACUUUUACUUUUUUGAUGUUUGACUUUGUCACUUUAGUUGUUGAGUUUGAAUCAGAAUUGACACGUUUGACCGUUUGGCUUGAGUUGAAAUCCAAGUCUUAAGGUGACCUACGAGUCUAACUUGGCUAGUAACUACACUACUUUAAAGAAAUACAACAACAGCCUACUAAAGUUUAUAAGUGUUAUAUAUAAACUAAAUAAUAAAUGGUACCUAUUUUACUUUUUACAAUAUAGAUAUAAGCAUUACAUUUUAAUAAAAAUUACUCAUUUAUAAUUUAUAAUACAAAAUUUGUAGCCUUAAUUCUUAAUACAAAAUUUAUUGAGGCAGAUGAUGGUUAGGGCAUAUUUUUAUGUGAUGAGGAUAAGACAAUCUAUCCAUGAGUUUGUUUUUGUUUAAGUUUAAGUUUAGUAUGUUAAUGGUGUAGAUUUGGAUUAACAAAUGUUAAGUUAAUGUUACUUUGUUGAAUUAACUUGAAUAAAAAAUUAUCUACUGUCCACUUUUCACCACUGUUUGGGUAACAGAGGCUUGUGACUUGUCAUCCAGAUACUCUGAUUUUCAGUUGUUUGAAAGUGGAUGAGAUCAGCACUAUUAUUACGAGUCAUUAGGAUGAUUUGUAUUAGUAUCAGUAAACAGUUCAACUUAGUUCAAGUGCAGUUGUUUUAGCAAAAUUUUAUGAAUUGCUCUUGCUAGAGAUAUAUUACACAUGUAGUUCUGGGCAACCUCCCCUUUCUGAAGGCCAUUGAUAAUACAUUUGCUACACCAACUUUCAGCAUGUGGUUGUCUACAUUUCUCUUACUCAGGUGCCUGAAUGGUAAAACUGAUAUUUGUUAAAUCAUAUUGCAGUAUUUGAAAUAAUUAUAGAGCUUUACUAGGAGUAAAUCUCUAAUGAGGGUGUUCCUGAGCCACUUGGAUCAAUCAUAGUAAGAAACCAGCUAAUAGGCACAUUAAAAUUCAAUCCAAAUUAAAUAAAUUGGGCUUUAAACAUGAAACAGAUUACUGAAUCACAAAGCAAAAUGGCUCACUGGACACAGCAAGAUGAAAGCAAACCUUAACUCUGCUUCAGCUUUUUAAAAAAUUAUUAUUAAAUCGUGAGCCAGUACAGUCUGCUUAUUGGAUAGAAACAGAAAAUUGGCCUGCCCGUACAGUUGGCUCACCAGAGUCAAAGAGUUAAAACUUUAAUUAUAAAUGUAAAAAAUAAUGAAUAAAUUUCUAUAAUUGUGGUGUGCAUCAUGAGUAUGUAAAAACCAACAACUGAGACUACUCAAGGGAAUGUUUUUGUUAGGUCUUGCUGCAUAUCUGAGGAAUACAAUAAAUUAUAUUUAAGCAUAUAGUAAUUUUUUUUUAUUAACUAUCCAAGAAAUGCAUAGAACUACUAACUAGCUGUUAAAUUUAGUCAUGUCACAAAAUGAUCUCUAAUACGUAGGCCUAAGUUGAAAUGAUUCCAAAAAAUCUUGUUUGGAUAAAUAGGUGUUCCUAAAAAUUUGUUUGUUUAAAAAUUAAAAAUAAACUCAGACAGCUCUUCAUCUUGCUUAACUUAUAAAAUAGUAUUUAAGACAUAUAAUUUGCAAGGCAUUUGUUCUAUUUAUUACAACAUGACUAAAUGUAUGGUAGAUAGUGCCCAUUCAUGCCAUUACACAAUUUGACACAAGGCUUGAAAUUUUCUGGUGAAAAUAAAAUAACAUUUUAUAAAAAUUUUCUGAGAUAGUUGUUUGUAAAUUUCCUUAUUAUUCCUUAUUCAUUUUCAGCCAUGCCAGAUAUCGGCUUAAGAUCAGGCCUCCUUUACCUCGUGCUUGUACUAGCUAUUCCAAUACAGUACUAUUUGUCCAGUAAUGCAUCGGUCCCAUCUGCCCAAAGAGAUGCUACAUUUAGAAGGUAAGAUAUUUUUAAAAAAUAUAUGGCUUAGAUUGUACUAAAAUGCCAAAAUAUAUUAUCUGAAAAAAAUCUAAAUUUGGUUAAAUCUUUAAAAAAAAAAAGUUGUUUAUUUUCAUUUUUUCUUUGUCUAUAGCAGUGAGAGUUCUCUACUAACAUACUACCAUCAUAUUUCAUUUACAGUAUAAAGUCUCUCUAGUUUUGAGUUAUUAACUGACCAAAAAAUAUUAGCUAUUAUUAAUACUACUAGAAGUUUUCUGAAUCCAUCACUCAAGUGUUAUAAAUAACUGAAAACAUCAAUAUUUUAGGUGUCAGUUCUGAACAUUGUUAUCAUGUGCAUUUCAUUGUUCUGAAACUGACAGAAAUCUGAUACAAAAAUAUAAAAUUGGUUAUUAAUAUGUAGCCGAGUGGUGCGUGGCUGACAGUUUAAUUAUAUUAACAAGGAAAUGCAGGUCUUGAGAACAAUAGCUUUAUUGAAAAAGGUGUUGUUUGUUUCGAACAGUCAAAAAUAAAACAAAUGCAACCAACUCCAAAUAUCAAUUCACACCCUCAAGGGUUAAAUCACCCGCCACAAAACCAGGACCUCAUGAUGUCAGUGUCAUGAGCUGUUCAUCUGUCACCCGUGGGGCAGGCAUGCCCCAGUUCAGUGGGUGUAAACAUGUCUGGGGUAAACAACAGUAACACAGGAGCAUGCUCCUUUUACCCAUAGGUGGCACACUGCCACAAAUAUUUCUAAUAAUUUUGAAAAAUUUAAAACAGCAAGUGAAGGAUUCUGGUAAAUUAUGACAGAUUAUGGAACAAAGAAAUUUUGCUAUCUUUCUUUCCUUACCUCGAGGAAAGAGUUCUCCUUUAACAUGCUGAUUAUAAUUGUCUUGCGGUUGGGAUGUAUACUCCAAAACUAUUCUGUAAUUGGGAUGAAUAAUUUAAGAUUUUCUUUGCCUGUGAAAAAAAUGUAACUGAAAUAUGACAUUAUAAAAUCUUUUUAUUUAUUUCUGAUUAUUAAGUUCCAACUUUGGCCAUGAAAGCUGAACUCUGGCCAUGAAAGCUGAACUCUGGCCAUGAAAGCUGAACUCUGGCCAUGAAAGCUGAACUCUGGCCAUGAAAGCUGAACUCUGGCCAUGAAAGCUGAACUCUGGCCAUGAAAGCUGAACUCUGACCUCCCAACGUCAAAUAUAUGGUUUAUGUAAUUAUUACUUUGUAUUCCAAUAUUUUCAAUAUUCAUCACAAACAUGAAUACAAAAAUAGUUUUCAAACAGGUUGCUGAAGUCUCUUACCAGUUUCCGCUACAAAUAUCUGUCACUAUCAUCAUGGCAUCAAUGGUGUACUAAUGUGUGGCAGAAAGUAGAUGGCUGGAGAUGUAUGUAAAACAUUUCUUUGAAUUGUAUAUUAUUGUAGAACUAUCUAUCAAUAAGAAUUUGUAUUAGUAGUAAUUAUACAGAUACAUUAUGUCCAUUUUAAAUUUAAAACUUUGCGAACAUCUCUAAUAUUUGAUUGAUUUUUUUUUGUCUGUUGUUCUCGCAUCAUUCCAUACAUCCUGUUCCUGCAUCAUUUUAAGAGAUAUUUAUUAUUAUCAUGGGUAGAGAUGUCAACAUUUUUUUCAUUUUCCAAUGAAUAAACUCUUUUACAAUCUAGACAUUUGCAUAUGUGAGCUUCAUUAUUCUUUUAAUUUAUGAUAAAGGGUGUUAAGUUUAUUCAAGAAAUAAUUUCUAAAAUGUUUAUUUUAUGUGAUCAACAUUACCCUGAUGUAUACUGGUCAAUCUUAUGUCCUUGAAUUUGUUUUAAAUGAUACAUGAUCAGGCCUCUUUAUUAUAAGUAUCAUCUGAUUAAUUAAUAACUGAAUAAUAUUUUAAUUUGCAGCUGGUCAACACACAUUCUUCUCUGACGAUAAUAAUGAUGAGUUGGGAGAAUCACCAGCCAUAGAGGUUAUUCACCACAGAAGUCCCGAAGGUUAUUUUGCUAGUAAGUCUCAUAUACAAUUCUCUCAAUAAUCAUUCAUAUCACAAUAUUCCUGGAAUGUUUAUUUAUUACAUUAAGGUAGAAGAAUAAAUUAAAAAAUAAAGGCUAUGAUUGAUGUUUUUUUAAAUAUUUUUGUUUGCAAUAGUAUUUAAUUUUUAAAUAUUCCUUUCAAUAUGAAUCCAUGUUAGAAAGUGAUUGGUGUGAUAAAUUAGUAUUCUAAGGUAUCCUUACAAAUUUAAGAUCGUUUGGGGCAUGUAUGCCACUGGAAAUUUAUUUUAAAAAUCAUCCAAAAAUAGAUUAUGCUAUUAUAGUCACAGUUUAAAAUCUAAAAUUAUUUAAGUGAAUAGAGACUUGUGGGUCUAAUUGUUAAUACUUAAAAAUAAAUUAAGUCAACUUUUUGUCAGUACUGUUCUUAAAAAACAAUGUACAGAAACAUAAAGAUGAGAUUAAAAUCAUUUGUAUCCUUUCAGCUUCAACAAAUAGACGAUCUCCAAGGCCACAAGAGGUCAAGUACAGGGUAGGACAAGUUAUACGCCACAAAAUAUGGGGAUAUCGGGGUGUCAUUAUAGGAUGGGAUCCUAUAGCACAUGUAAGUAAUGUUUUUAUUUACUUAUUAGUCAUAGUGUAAGGGAAAUUCCAGGUUUUGUUUCAAAUAAAAAUUAUAUAGUGGAACCUUGGAUAAUGGACACCCAAAUAAAUGAACAACUCAGUUAAUGAACAAGUUUUGUCAAAGCUUUUUAUCUUGGCUAUUGAAUGAUACUUGGGAGUAUGAAAAUAUAUUUAUUUCUAUACAUACAGUCCAAACAGCUCAGUAAUGCUUUGUCACAUUUGCAGUAAACAUUGUUUGUCUGAGGACUGUGUUAAAAAAAAUGACUUUCUUUUUUAACUGUUUGUGUUAUUUUAGCGCUCAUUUUGGCGUCUAAAGAGAAAAGUGUUAUUUAUCAGAAUAGUGUUAGAUUGGAAGUAAAGAAAGAAAUUAUAUUAACACAAAAGGGCACUAUUGAUUUGUUUAUUUUAGUGUUGUGUGUUUAAAAUUAAGGAUAUUUUAAUUUCAUUCUAUAUUUUUUGUUAAAGAAAAAUCCUUAAAGAUGUAAAACUACCACAUUUUUAAAGCUGGAACAGAUUAAUUGAAUUUCCUUUUUUUUUUCUAUGGAUAAAAUUUACUUGAGUUACCUAACGUCUUUGUUUAAGAACUGAGUCACGGGACGGAUUGACGAGGUUACAGUGUAAUGAAUAAAUUUAUCAUGAUAAUAAAUUAAAUCAUCUGGAAAAAUUCAAAUGCUACACAAUUACUUCCGUAAAAUGGAACAAAUGUAUGCUACAGCAGUAGUUUUGAUAAUGUAUGAUUUAUAAAACAAAUCAUUGUUUAACUUGUUUCAAAAGCUGCUUUAAGAGUAGGUUGUUUCAAAAGCUGCUUUAAGAGUAGGUAUAUUGAAAAAUCUUAAAAUAUUAAUCUUUUAAUAAAACAUAUCUUGUUACUGUUUUUUGUCACCAGGCCCCAGAAGAAUGGUUAAACAAGAUGCAUCCAGCAGAUAAAUGGGUCAGUUGAUCAUUCAGAAUGAGAUUCAUUAAUAAUUUUGUUGUGCACAUGAAAUAAAAGGAGCUACUACUAUUAACUAAAAUUUAUUUUUUUUAAAAUGGUUUUAAGAAAAUAUAUUAAUCUUUUUAAGUUGUUUAAAAGUCAAUCAGCUUUAUAAGAAAAGAAAAAAAUAGUUUAUUUAUCUUAUUUGGGGGAAUGGAGGGAGCUUCUCUUACAAAAUAUUAAUCUCUUUGCAAUGUUUAGUUGGGCAGAAAUGUAAUUGAUAGAGUGCCUUGAUGAAGAAUGUUUGAAAAGUAGAAAGUUGAUAUUUUUAUUUGUUUUUGUUUUUUAAACUUGGGGGAUUUGACUGUCAUCAAAUUGUGUCAAUUUUAAUUUUUUUUUAACGGUUUUCCAAAUGAGACUUUUGAAAUGCCCAAAGUUGUAUUUGGGCUGAGUGAGCUUUACCUACAGACUGUAAUCACCGUUCUUAAAUGUCUCUCUGAUCUUAACUGAACAUUUCUGACAGCAUUGGAGAAAGAUGCCCAAUUACUCUAUAUUGGUAGACACAAGGGACAGACCUCUACCUCAAGUGACUUAUGUGCCUCAGGAAAAUAUUGAAAUAAUAACUCAAACUGAGGUAAUGAACUUUUUGUUUUCUUCACAGCCUUUUGUUGCUGACUUGAAGCUUUACAGUAUAAAUACUAAAAGAUCAAGUCAUUUUAAAGUUAGUAAUAUGUUAUUUGAAUGUAGAUAUAUUUUUGAGGUAAUAGAUGAAUUGCCUCUUUCCCCCUCCCCCCCCCCCACCCCCCCUCCCCCACCCCCUCCAAAUUCUUAAUGAAAAAAUAAAGACAUGCUUUUUGUUUUCAGAUACUUCAUCCAAAUCUAGAUAAUUAUUUUGACUCUUUUGAUGGUGCCCAGUAUUUGAUGCGACCAGCUCUCAAGUAUUUCUAUCCCAGAGACUAAAGUUGGUUAAAUCUUUGAUGAAACCAAUGUUCUAUCUAUCAUGUGAAAUUUUUUUUUUGUUUUUUUUUGUGAAUUUUAAAAAAUACUAACAUUUUAUCAAAAAUAUCAUUAGAAAUAUAAAGUCAUGCAACUGACUGAAAUCACACAUGUUUUUUAAAUGAUUAACAUCAAGUAUAAUUAUUUUUAAAAAAAAAACUAAUUCUGUUACUCCAAGAAUUCAACAAAGUUUCAUCCAAAAUUUACAGUUGUGUCAAUGAUGCACAGCCUGAUUAUAAAAUCUGAGACAUUAAAAUUCCUGAGAAAUUUAUCCAGAUAAGUGUCAAUCUUGGUAAUAUAAAUCCAUUUUCCCUCUAGUUCUAGGUUAAAGCAACAUUUAUUAAAAUAUAAGACUUCAGAAUUGACAUUUUAAACAAUGUAGUGAAGACCUAUUUUUUAACAUAAUAAUAUUUUUUUUCUUAUCCAUAAAAUUUAAGGAUUAAAUUUAUUCAUGAAAAUGUCCCUUUUUUGUGUUCCAUAACUGCAGUUUUUAAAUUUAUGAACUAGAAAUUGAGUGCUUAAAUCAGCUCAAGUACUUUUUAAGAGACAUUUGUGGGGUGGGUAGACGAUUCUGGUUUGGUCUGAAAAAAUGAAAAACCAUCACUAUUGGGUGUUUUCUUUCACAGAUUUACAAAUUCCAGAAAUUUCUUCCAUUGUGAUUGAUGAUAUAUUUGGUUUAUUAUAGUAUCUAUGUAUGUAUUUUGAACUUUUUCAACAUCUGUGGUGUAUAAUGUUAAAAGUUUUGAUUAUGUUCCUUUGUGUAGAAAUAAAAUCAGUUUUGCAUUAAGUGCCAACAGAUAAACCUAACAUAUUUGCCUAUGUUACUGGUUUCGAUCAAAAUUUGAUUCUUUUUAUAUAAGAACUACAGAUUUAGGAUAAAAUAGAUUUUAAUUUUAAUAGUCAAAUUAGUUUGUACUUGUGACCUUACAGAAUCUCAAAUAAUCCUAUUUUUGAACUGUGAUAGCAGGCAAACAGCCAAAGUUGUUUAAAUAUUUUUGUUAUUGUUUAUUUGAUGUAAUGAGAAGGCAAAAACAUAACGUUUUUUUCUUCAAAAAACAAGAAAGAAGAGCUUGAAGUUUAAUAAAAUCAUAAAUAAAAGUAUUUGAAUCAUUAUUUAGCAAUAAUAAAUAUUGUAAUUGUUUAAAGAUCGAAUCUGACAAUGUCUUCCAAAACCAGUGGUAGGGAACCUUUUCCUGGCAAAGAGCCAAAUAUUAAAUUUUUCAUUCUUGUUGAAAAAUUAAAAGAACCUCAUGAAAAAUAAAUCUCAUGGAAUACCUCAUUUAAUAUGCAUACUGUGUAACUGAAAUGAUAUAAUAAACAAAAGUUGAUAACACUGUUUUAUUACACACUAAUUAAUAUGAUUUUUCAGUUUAAAAAAUUCAUAUAAAUAUUAACACUAUACAAAUAAAAGGUAAGGAAAUCUAAUGUGAAUUCAGCUGUUGGAUUUCCUUACAAAGUUGAUCAUUUGUUUGAUUGCUUUCAUUUUUAAGCCUGACUGAAAAAUAACAUCAUUCCAUUGGCUUCCUAAUUUGCUUUUUAUAUAAUUCAAAUUGGAAAUUAAUCGUUGACAAAAAUAAGUUGAUCUUGUUUUUUUUUAGCUCUCUUAUUUCUGACCACUUUAUUGAAGUGUAGUGGCAAGACUAAUUGCCUUUAAAAAUUCUCAAGUUCAUGGAUCGGGUGUGUAAAUUUUGAACAGCACUGUGCUUUGUCUUCUGAAUCUAUAAGUUCAAAUUCAGCUUGGAGAUAACUAUUCCAAGCAGUUUUAUUUUAAAAAAAUGGCAAGAUUGCCUUUCCCUUUCAAAGUGACCAGCAAAUGAAAUGGCAAUUUUCUCAACAUCCUUUUUGAGGAACUGGAGUUAAAUGCAACUCUCAGCAAUUUGUAUUUAUUCUCUUAGUCCUGGGAAGAGUUAAUAACUUAUCAGUGCUAUUGUCUUGAGCAAUCAAAGACAGAUAUGUGCUCUUAUGAAAGCACGUCUUCCAAGAGCAAAAUUGCUGUAAUAUGUCUAACGAAACUUUUAUUGAAUUUGCACAUUUUUAAUAAAACCAUUUAUGCAAAAUAUUUGAGUAUCCAAGAGCCAUGAGAUAGAUUUAAAGAGCUGCAGGUUCCCGACCCCUGUUCUAAAAAAAAGUAAGAAAAAUCUUUGUAGAAUAUAAAUAGCAAAUUUGUUGUUUCGUGCACACAUUAAGAGUAUGUGUGUUAUUUGAAGACAAAUAAUAUUUUCUCUCUCACUAAGUACUCUAAGGUAAUUUCUUUUUAAAGUUGUCAAUUUUAAAAAUAUAUUUUUUUUUGCAUUUUCUAAAAGUAUUAUGAAUGUUCAUUUGCCGUGAUGUGUGUUUUUAUAUUUACAAUUAUCCUUUUUUUUUUUUGUUUAAAUCAAAGUUUUGGAGAUGUGGAUGCUAGACAUUUGCUCUUCAGAAAUUUUUGAAUAUUUUUUUUCAAACAUUUUGUGAAUUAAUGUUAAUAAUGCCAAUCAUUUAAAUAUCAACAUGUAUCAUGUUUUGUAAUUUGAAAGUUUUGAAACAACAAAUGUGCAAUAUUCAUUUGUAGCUGUUCAGCUAUUUAGGUUUAUAAGAAAUUUAAGUGAAAUAGACUUUUAUGGUUCUAAGAAAAUUAAAGUUAGAGAAGAAAUUUAAAAUGAUAAAUUAAUAUGAUGCUUUUCUGUAAAUUUAAAGAACCAAGUAAUUAAUAGAGAGUAAAUUUUUGUAAUUCUGAUCAAUGAAUGUUGCUUUAUGUUUUGAUUCAUUCUCUUGAUUUUUCAAUGAUUUAAUAAUACAGUAAUAAAAGGGGAAGCUAGUUUACACUGAAUGGUUAAAAUAAAAAAAUUAUGAAUUUAAAUAAAUGAAAAGUAAUCCUCAUUAUCUAUAUAUUCAACAAUCCGUUUGAAAUCAAACUGAAAAAAAUAUAAUCCUUUGUAUCCUAUACAUAAAUAUUUAUAUUUAAAAGCAACUCUUUAUUUUAUUUUAAACAAAUUAAUUUACUAUAUUGAAAGCAUCCAUGUAGGGCUUUGACCCCCCCUCACCUCUUCCUUCACCAGUCAGACUAAUGAUUUUCUUUUCCAUGCAUGGAUUCCCAGUUUAAAAGGCUUUUAUAAUUAGCCAUCACAACAAAACAACCUAAAGAAACUAGUUUUGAACUGUUUGUAUAGUCAGCGUCAGCUGAGAGGGUUGAUUUACUAUCUUGAUUAGUCAAGAAAAUAUUCAAGUACAGUAAGUUACAUAAUCUUUUUUCUGUUUUUAACAUAAUUCUAAAAUUACUUCAUUUUUUGCCACCGUUUUAGGUGCUAUUUCAUUUGAAUGGGCUUUGUUAAGGUGAUAUUUUCCUCAUUUGGUAUCUUGAUGUACUUAAAGUAUUUCUAUAUUAAUUUAAUUCUAAAUUUGUUUGCACAUUUUUUGAAGUCCCCUAACAAUGAAACAACCUUUGCUCUGUGUGAGAAGCACAUCUGAUUUAAUAAAAAUUUUGAAUAAAUAUCCAACAAUUUCAGUUCAGAUACAUUCAUUUAAAUAGAAAUUUCUCUUUCAUUUAGAUUAUUUACUUUAAAUUGAAAUGAUGGGUUCUAUCAGUUUUUUUAACUCUUAUUUCCACAAACAUGGCUGAAUCCUACAUACAGGGAUCAACAUUAAAUUAAUUCAAAUUGUAUUUAUAUGAUUUCCUUUGUUCAACCAUUCUGUUCAUUCUGAAGUUUGUUGCGACUAAGCAUAUCUUUACAAUAUAAUUAACACUUUUAAUGGGCUGAAAUAUUGUAAUAUAAAUCCUGACUGUUUCUAUUUCAUAAUUGAUAAGUGCCAUUAAUGUGCUAAGGAAACAUUGACUCUGUAAAAGUCUGAUUGUUCUUGAUAACAAUGUUGUCUCUCAUAAAUAUACCAGAUAAAUUUUAUAUACAAUUUUUGUUGUAUUCCAUUAAAAUUUAUACUGUCAAAAAAUUAAAAUAUGCCAAGAUACACACAAUUUCUAUUUGCAAAAUGUGUUAAUCUUUAACUGUGAAUAGAAGUGUCUUUUUUACUAUGCAUUUUUGGGUCAAGUAAUAUAAAGUGGAACACAUGAAUGAGCUAGAGACAGGUGGUCAUGAGUAUGAGGUAAGAUUAGACAUGGUGUGAGGAUAAUAAGUUAUAAUAAUAACAGGAAAGAUGAGAUUUUGAAUUUCCAGAUUGACAUCAUUGGCACCAGAUACCUCACCCCACCUUGCCAGAAGAGGACUAAUUGUUUUCUUAAGAAGUGAUGUGUUAAUUUUAAAUUGGAUAAAAUGAAAUUUAUAAUCCUAAGUGCUGAUAGAUCAAUAAAAAUGUAGAAGUAAAUUAAAGUGACUGCAU